UGUGGUAGAUAUGUUCAGUGUUAAAAUGGUGAUAUUUUGACUGGUCUUUCUCUUUCUAUUCACGUUGCGUUGCCUAGCUGGACCUCACAACGGUCAAAGGUAGCGAAAAAAGGCCCAUUUCAAACAUUGCUGCAACAAAACAAAGUUUACCCAAUACCGCAACCUCGUGACCCCUCCCUUCCGGAAAAUACCGAUGGAGCUUCAGUACGCGCGCCUGCUUUCAUAAGCGGCGUGCAAACCUGUCAGACUUGACAUCACUGGGUGUUUCCACGCAAAAGAACAUCGGCUGGCCACAGCUCUCACUCGCUAAUUUUACCUGAGCCGCAACAACACCGCUGCAAGCACCACGCCAGUAUGAACACGACCAGGUGUCUGAUUACACAGCUGGAGGUGCAGGCCUUCAUUGAGAAAUGCAUGGUUGCCGUGGGAACCAAACCGGGCCACGCCAGGAGCCUGGCUGAAGUGCUGGUGGAGGGAGACCGCAGAGGCCACUACAGUCACGGCCUCAACCGCAUGGACAUGUACGUGAAGGACGUCCAGUCGGGGAUCUGUGAGAAAGACGGAGAGCCGGUGAUCGUCAAGGAGUCCGCGGCCACGGCGCUGGUCAACGGCCAGAACCUGCUGGGGCCGGUGGUGGGGAACUUCUGCAUGGACCUGGCCAUCAGGAAGGCCCGGGAGGUGGGCAUCGGCUGGGUGGUCGCCAACGGCUCCAACCACUUUGGCAUCGCUGGCUUCUACUCCAUGCAGGCCCUGAAGGAUAACAUGAUCGGCAUGAGCUUCACCAACACGUCUCCGCUGCAGAUGCCCACCAGAGCCAAGGAGUGCACUCUGGGUACCAAUCCGAUCAGCGUUGCAGCCCCGGCGAAUGGCGGGGACAGCUUUGUUCUGGACAUGGCGACGUCCGCAGUGGCCCUGGGGAAGGUGGAGCUCCAUCACCGGCGGGGGGAAAAGAUCCCUGAGGGCUGGGGCUGCGACUCCAAGGGAAAGCUCAACACAGACCCGGGGAAGGUGCUGAACGGCGGGGGACUGGUGCCCAUCGGCGGGAGCGAGGAAACCGGUGGCUAUAAGGGCUACGGGCUGGCCAUGAUGGUGGAGGUGUUCUGUGGCAUUCUGGCCGGGGCUCAGUACAGCAAACAUGUCCGCACCUGGAAAGUUACCGACCGAGUGGCAAAUCUGGGUCAGUGUUUCGUGGCGAUAAACCCGGCAAACUUUGCUCCAGACUUCAAUGACAGGAUGUCUGACCUCCUGACCUUACACAGAGACCUAGAGCCUGCGGAGGCGGAGAGCCCAGUUCUGGUGGCUGGAGACCUAGAGAGGUCCAGCAUUGAGAGGUGCGCCAUGCUGGGCGGGAUCUCCUACCACGUCAAUGUGGUCAACCACAUGAAUAGCGUUGCUGAGCAGUUUGGCGUCACCCCCCUGUUGCCCAACAAUGUCCCCGUCCCGGAGUAGGAUGCCGUCUGCCAUGAAGCUGGACAUCGCACACCUUUUAUCCACAAUACAGACACUGGCCUGUGUUCAGUCUGCAUUCAUCCAUAACUCAGUUUGCAAAGAACCAAAAAAAAAAAAAACUACGUUUGCA